UGACCAGUUGAGGAGCGUGUGGAAAAGGGAGGGGAGAAGAGGAGGAGGAGGAAGAAGAGGUGAGAAUUGAGGUGGGUUUCUUUUCUCCUUUCUCGGAUUUGUAGGGUUUUUAUGUUCUUGGUUUGUUGAAUGGUUGAUGAAAAUCCUGCAUUUGGGUGUUGGGCAAGGUGCUGGGUUUGGGUUUGUGAUCUUUUAGGGUUUCUGUGAUCUGGGUUGCUCUCGGUUUGGCAUUUUUGGUGUGGGGUUUGUGGGAAAGGUGGGAUCUUGGAGGGGUUGGGGGUUGGGGGGGUUUGUGGUGGGUUUUGGUGUGCUUGAAAUGGGGGGGAAAUGCUUGGAGGAAAAGGUGUUUCCUUUUUCACUGUAUGUGUAUGUAUGUAGUUUGCAUUUGUGGUGUUUGAUUAAAUGCGUGACUGAUUCUGAAUGAUUUGUUUGAUGGGUUUUUGUUGCUGAUUUUGGGUUCUUUACUUGGGGGAAGAAGAUAAAUUUGUUUAAUUUGUUCCUGCUUCUGGGUUUUUGGAGAUUUGGGUUCUUUGGUUUUGAGAUCUUUCGAAAGAUAAAGUUAAAAAAGAAGAAGAAGAAGAAGAAGAAGAAGAAGAAGAAGAAGAUCUGGAUCAUGGAGUAUUGAGUAAUCUUAGUGUUGUAUGUAGGUUAAAUGGACAAUAUUUGCUAUGAUUGAAUUAAGGUAGUACACAAAACAUGGCUUCUUCACCCUCACCAUCUUCCCCGGCGGUGGCCGCGGCAUCUCCGCCGCCGUCUAUUUCAUCCCCAUCCCCACCACCACCUUCUUCUUCCUCCUCACCACCUCCCACCUCUUCUUCUCCUCCUCCUCCUUCUUCUUCACCACCACCUUUGUCUCAACCCAAUGCCACCUCCGAUCCACCAUCGGUUGCCGCCGCCCCACCCCCUUCAAUUUCUUCUUCUCCACCACCAUCACCUCCUGCGUCGCCGCCCCUGGCUUCUCCUCCACCUUCGCCUCCCUCACCCGCUGUCCUCCCUUCCCCUCCGCCACCUUCAAAUCCGCUUACACCGCCACCUACAAGUUCUCCUCCGCCUCCGCCAUUAUCNGUAUUGCCUCCUCCGCCACCAUUGGCUUCUCCCCCUCCUCCACCCUCGACUUCCCCUCCUCCUUCGCCUCCCUCACCCGCUGUCCUCCCUUCCCCUCCGCCACCUUCAAAUCCGCUUACACCGCCACCUACAAGUUCUCCUCCGCCUCCGCCAUUAUCGGCUAAACCGCCUUCUACUUCACCUUCACCUCCGCCACCCAAGAAUUCGCCUUCACCGCCAGUAGUACGCUCACCUCCUCCGUCGAAAUCCCCGCGCCCGCCUUCUGAUUCACCGCCACCGCCUCCAUCUCUUUCUUCUCCUCCUCCGUCCUCGACUUCCGCCAAUUCCUCUGCCGGACAAACUCCACACGCGCCGUCUGUGCUUUCUCCUCCCGGAAGUCCACUUCCUUUACCUUCUCCUACGACACCAAGUGAUUCGAAUGUACCGAGUAACCCAAACUCGAACAAGUCAUCAAAUUCUGGGGUUGGAACACCGAGCGGCAGCUCGCCGAGUGGCGGGCUUAGUACGGGAAACAUUGCGACAAUUGGUGUUGUGGUAGGGCUUCUCAUACUUAGUUUGGUUGGUGCGGCUGUGUGGUACGUGAGGAAGCGGAGAAGGCCCACUGCUGGUUAUUAUUCCGGGUUCGUGAUGCCUUCGCCUUCUAUAUCCCCGCAAAUGUCAGGAGAAUCACCGCAUCCAAGGACCCCGACAGCUCCUCUCAUGCACAACAACGACAGCACCGGAACCCAAGGGAUGAAGCGCUCGAUGACCGACAUAAGCUUGAGCAAUUCAAAGGCAUACUUUACGUACGAGGAACUAUAUCAGAUUACCGGUGGCUUCUCGGCUCAGAAUCUUUUAGGGGAAGGUGGGUUUGGUUCCGUGUACAAAGGUUGCUUGCCAGAUGGAAGAGAAGUAGCCGUAAAACAACUCAAAGACGGGGGUGGACAAGGGGAACGGGAGUUCCAAGCCGAAGUCGAGAUCAUCAGUAGAGUACACCAUCGGCAUUUGGUUUCGCUCGUGGGGUAUUGCAUAGCGGAGAACCAACGACUGCUUGUAUAUGAUUUCGUGCCUAACAACACUCUUCAUUAUCAUCUUCAUGGGGAAGGAAGACCGGUUAUGGAAUGGGCGGUUAGGGUUAAGGUUGCAGCUGGCGCAGCCCGAGGAAUAGCGUAUCUGCAUGAGGAUUGUCAUCCACGAAUAAUACAUAGAGACAUUAAAUCCUCAAAUAUUUUGUUGGAUAACAAUUUCGAGGCUCAGGUGGCUGAUUUCGGCCUGGCAAGGUUAGCUAUGGACACGGCCACACAUGUGACGACACGGGUGAUGGGGACAUUUGGAUACUUGGCUCCGGAGUAUGCAUCAUCUGGCAAAUUGACCGAGAGAUCCGAUGUAUAUUCUUUUGGCGUUGUGCUAUUAGAGUUUAUUACUGGUCGAAAGCCUGUUGAUGUGUCACGGCCUCUGGGCGACGAGAGCCUUGUUGAGUGGGCAAGACCGUUGCUGACGCAAGCGCUCGAGACUGGAAAUCUCGAAGAGUUAGUCGACCCAAGGCUUGAGAAGAACUAUAAUGAAGUCGAAAUGUUUCGUAUGAUCGAAGCAGCAGCGGCAUGUGUCCGCCAUUCGGCAUCAAUGAGGCCCCGCAUGAGCCAGGUGGUGAGAGUUCUCGAUAGCUUAGCCGAAGUUGAUCUCAACAACGGCAUUCAACCCGGUAAGAGCGAGCUCUUCAACGGCCCGAACACAGCUGAGAUCAGAAUAUUCCAGCACAUGGCGUUCGGCGGUCACGAUCACAGCUCGGAUUACACCCAAUCUAGCAUAAACAGUCAAACAUAUUUCUGAAGAGAGGACGCGCGCUUCCUCAAAUAUCGUGUAAUAUCUUCUCCCCUCCCCCUCUUUUUGUAGCCAAUUCUUUUAUACCGAUGUUAGUAAAAUCUUAUGAAUUUAUCUGUAUGAUUCUUUCUUCGGUUAUUGAGCUUCUUUAACUGUUGAAAAUAUAUAUUUUGAACUUACAUUUAUAUAGCUUAA